AUGAAAGCCAAGUACAAGAGAGACAAGGCCAAGAAGGCUAACCAGUCUAACGAGGCUAACCAAUCCAACGAUGCAAACAAGGCCGAUGACACCAGCAAGGUCGACGACGAGAAUGCUUUCAAUGAAAAGAUACUCUCUCGGACAAGACUUCAAAUUCAGGUCGACAUUCUCAGUGGUAGCACCGUGCACCACUGCAGAUUGGUGGCGAUCUAUGAUCCAGCCCUCACCAAAAAAAAGCAAGAACUAUCUACUAAGGCCCAAGAGAAGAAGGAUUAA